GGCUGUGGGAGCACCUGCGCCUUUAAGCGGCCGCGCUGAGAGCUCGGUGAUGUCAGCGGAUCUGCUGAGGAUUUCAGCGCGUUCAGCACGGAACCGAGCUCCGCAGCACGGGUCCCCGGGUUCCGCGAGACUCCGUGAGAUUCCGUGGGCUUCUGGAGGCGUGAGGAGCAGGUUUGGAGCGGUGGUGGGCACGGAUGGUUGGUGGUGUUGACUGGGGCGCGACCUGAGGUCACGCUGGCUGGAUCUGCUAUAGUAAUAAUAUUAUUAUAGGGAGUAUUAUAUAGAUCAUAUUCUGCACCUGGGGUGGGUUUAUCUUCUGCCUUAUGUUCCAGAGCAAGUGAAUGCCUAUAGGCACUGAUUGGCACUGAUAGACACUGAUUGGCACUGACUGGCACUGAUUGACACUGGCAUUAUUUGGUUUAUAACUAAUAAUAAGAGGAAACACACACACACACACACACUCUCUGGUGGAGAACUGUAGUCCAGUGCAGGCCUCAUCACCAUGUUUGCUCCUGAUGCUGCUGCAGCUGGAGCUGGGUACUCCUCUGGCACCAUGGUGGAGAAGGAUGCCAGCCAGGAGACCACCCUGGGAAGUGCCUACUCUCCAGUGGACUACAUGAGCAUCACCAGCUUCCCACGCUUACCUGAAGAUGAUGCAGUUUCCGGGGAGAACACCCUCAAGUCCCGCAGAGAUGAUGACAACUUCCUGAGCGAGCAGGACACAGAUCCGGACCUGUUCCUGAAGUCGGCGAGACUGCAGCGUCUUGCCUCCUCAGCCUCAGACCUGGCCAGUCAUGACCUUUCUCCGCUGAGGGAGACCCGGCAGGACCCGCUUGGUCAGGACUGCGCCUGCACACGGGACGGCCUGACCGUCAUCAUCACCGCCUGCCUGACCUUCGCCACGGGGGUCACCGUCGCCCUCAUCAUGCAGAUCUACUUCGGGGAUCCUCAGAUAUAUAAUCAGGGCGCGGUGGUGACGGACGUGGCUCGCUGUACGUCUCUGGGGUUUGAUGUUCUGGGUCAGCAGGGCUCCAGUGUGGACGCUGCUAUAGCUGCUGCCCUCUGCCUGGGCAUCAUCCACCCCCACGCUUCGGGUAUCGGCGGAGGUGGAGUGAUGCUGGUUCACGAUAUCAGGAAAAAUGAGAGCCGGGUCAUCGAUUUCCGUGAAACUGUACCGUCUGGACUUCGGGAAGAGAUGCUGCUGAGUGUAGAGCAGAAGCCUGGUCUGCUGGUGGCUGUUCCGGGCAUGCUCAGUGGACUCUAUCAGGCACACCAGCUCUAUGGAAAGAGACCAUGGAAGGAGGUGAUCAGCAUGGCUGCAGAUGUGGCCAGGAAUGGAUUUAAUAUUACUCAUGACCUGGCGGACGCUCUGUCUAAAGUAAAGGAUCAGAAUGUGUCGGAGGCUUUCCGGGAGCUCUUCCUGCCUGAUGGUCAGUCUCCUCUCUCCGGACUCUUUACCCGACGCCUCGAUCUGGCCGCUCUAUUGGACAGGAUCGCAGCCAAUGGGAUUUCAGAGUUUUACAGUGGAAACCUGAGCCAGGAGAUGGCAUCUACGGUUUAUUCCAGUGGAGGAGUUCUAACUGAGGAGGACUUCGCUAACUACACUACAGUCCUACAGCAGCCAGUGCAGAGCCUCUACCAGGGUCAUCAGGUAAUGGCUGCCCCGCCCCCUCAUGCUGGGACUGCACUCAUUACUGCCCUCAACAUCCUGGAGGGGUAUAACAUCAGCAGCCAGGCUCAGAGGAACAGCACCCACCACUGGAUAGCUGAGACUUUGAAAAUCGCACUGUCCCUGGCCAGUGGGAUUGGAGACCCCAUGUUUGACCCCUCUGUCUCUGAAGUCGUGACUCAGAUGCUGAGUAAGACGCAGGCUGGAGUUUUCAGGCAGAUGAUAAAUGAUUCUCACGCGGCUCCUCCGGGACACUACACCCCCAGCUACGCGCUGGAGGAGGGCACGGUGGCCAGCCAGGUGAUGGUGAUGGGUCCAGAUGACUUCAUUGUGUCUGUGAUGAGUUCUCUGAAUCAGCCUUUCGGGAGCCGUAUUGUUACCCCCUCUGGAAUUCUUCUAAACAGUCAAAUUCUGGACUUUUCCUGGCCCAACAAAAGUCACGGUUCAGCCCCACCAAACCCGCGUAACAGUAUUAAACCUGGAAAGAGGCCGCUGUCGUUCCUGAUGCCCACGGUGGUCAGACCUUCUCUGGGGUUCUGCGGGACCUACGUGGCCCUGGGGUCCUCUAAUGGUGACCGGGCCCUCAGCGGCAUCACACAGGUGUUGAUGAAUGUUUUAUCCCUACAUAAAAACCUGAGUGACAGUCUGACGUACGGCAGGCUCCACCCCCAGCUGCAGCCCGACACCCUGCUGGUGGACGCGGAGUUUCUGAUCGAGGACGUCGAGGCUCUGAGGCAGAAAGGUCACGAGGUGCAGCGAGUGGACGUUAUAUCUCUGGUGGAGGGAACCAGGAGGACCAACGACCUCAUUAUCGGAGUGAAGGACCCCCGCAGUGCCGAUGCCUCCGCCCUCACCAUGUCCAUGUCCAUGCCCUGAAACCCCCAGCCCACCCCGGCCUCUGUGGGGAUGGGUACUGUCUGUGCAAUAAAUGGAUAAAGAAGCUGGAAUUAGUUUCUCAGGGGGUUCUGGGGUUAAUUUUCUGUUUAAUGGUUUUUUUUUUUAAUCCUCUGUGAUUUUAUUCCCGUCCAGAACAACCAUGUUCGUCUCCUCGCGUUUAAUAAAAUAGCUAUUUGUCCACUGCCGCGCACCGUAAUUACACUUUGGGUGCACAUUUCCACGGAGAUCCACGUUAAAAACACAAUAGCAAGUGGAAAUGGAGGAGCUACUGAACUCUGCAAUGUCAUGUGACCGAGAAGGCCUAAAAACUAAAAACUCACUGUUCUUCCUGUUUUUUUUUUUUCAAUUGCAGUCCAGAUGCAGGAGUUUUAUCACUAAAGAGCAGAAGUGUGAAAUAUUUCACAGACGUCCCCCUGAGAAACUAAUCCCGUCCGGAUAGAGCUCUAGUGUCAUAUAGAGACCACAUAUAAUACAUUUAGAUAUUGAGCAAUUAGAUGCUAUUAAAAACACUGAUAACACUGAUGGAUUAACAAUACAAUUCUAUUGAAUGAUAUUCAAACAAAGUGACCAUAUCGAACAAAUAAGGGGAAAACACCCUCUAUUACUGGGAGAUUGCAGGUUCAAUUCCUAGUGAUGCUACAGCCACCCAAAGCUGAAAUUCCAAGAAAGCAUAAAAUUUCAUACUGUGGAACUUCUCAUACUAUAUACAGUAACACCAGACAAAAGCUUGGACACACCUUAGAUGGGUUUUUAAAAAUUAUUUUAAAGUGUUCUGCAGUGUAGAUUAAUACUAAACUUAUCCAAACUAUGAAGAAAAACACAUGGAUUUAUUUAGUAAACUAAAAAAAAGUGUUAAACAAACCAGAAUAUGUUUUAUAUUUUAUUUAUUUUUAAAUAGCACCUCUUGCUUAGUUAGAGACAGUUUUGCACAUCUUGGCUGGAUUGUCUCUAUGUGAGGUAGAGUCACCUGGAAUUCAGGCUUUCAGUUAACAGCUGUGCUGAACUCAUCAAGAGUUAAUUACUUCAAUUUCUUGUUUCUUAAUAAAGUGUUUGAGAGCAUCAGUUAAAGUAAAGUAGUGAAGAGGUAGAGUUACAGGUAUACAGUGAAUAGUGAAUAUUUGAGUAAUGUUCGAAUCCAGAUUAUGAGAAGAAAGAACUAUUCAAAUAAAUAAAGAAAUAAAAACUUGAAGAAGAAAAUGAAGGUCGGUCAAUCAGAAAAAAAGAUUUUCAAGAAGUCUCCUCAAGUACGGUCACCACAAAGACCAUCGAAAAUGUUAUGAUGAAACUGGCACUCAUCAGGACCGCCCUGUUGCACAGGAUAAAUUCAUCAGAAUUAGAGUAUUUCGAGUAUUUUAGGUUGUUUACCACUUUUUUUAGUUACUACAUGAUUCUACAUGUGUUGCUUCUUAGUCUGGAUCACUGCACUAAUCAUUUACUAUGUAGGAAAAAAUAAAUAAAUAAAGACAUUGAAUGAGAAGGUGUGUCCAAACUUUUGACUCGUAGUGCAUUUACAUGCUACAAGCUACACGUUAUAAUAACCAUUAAAAUGAUAAUAGCUGCUCUGUGGUGAUUUUCUCUCCUGGGUGGUUCUGAGUAUUGAAGAACAGGGUGAAAGAAGGAGAAUAAUAAAGUAUACAGAGAAACAGAUACACAACUACAGUCUGUAAUUAUUGUACAACUACAGAGUGCUGUGAUAUGAUCACAUGUUCACAACUAGACUAGUCAUAAUUACAAUCGAUGUUCUUACAGCUAAUACAGAUAGCAUGCUAACAUCAGAACACCACCAAGCUGCACAUCAUCAAGGCUAUAAAAAUUCUGAAUAUCAUUGAAAAGUUACUUUAUUUCAGUAAUUCAGUUGAAAAUGUGAAACUCAUAUAUUAUAUAGCUGUAUUAAUCACAGAGUGAUCUGUUUUAAGCGUUUAUUUAUUUUAUUGUUGAUGAUUAUGAAGCUUACAGCCAAUAAAAAACCCAAAAAUCAGUGUCUCAGAAAAUUAGAAUAUUAUAUAAUAGGACUAAUUGGUACUAUUGGCAGUGUGCCAAGUCCUGCUGGAAAAUAAAUCCGCAUCUCAGUGCAAACACUGCACUGACUUUGGACGUGAUAUAACACAGUGGACCAACAUCAGCAGAUGACAUGUCUCUAUGACAACUUUAAUGGGGAUGUGGAUUUCAUUUUCCAGCAGGACUUGGCACACUGCCCACACUGCCAAAAGUACCAAUUGGUCUUAUUUAAUAAUCUAAUUUUCUAAGACACUGAUUUUUAGGUUUUCGUUGGCUGUAAGCCAUAAUUAUCAUGAGUUUAAAAUUUUGAACUGAAUUACUGAAAUAAAGUUACUUUUCAAUGAUAUUGUAAUUUUUUGAGAUGCACCUGUAACUCUGUUUAAGUAGAUACAUAAGAAAUAUGUUAUUUUCCACAUUAAAUUGGAAUAGUUUUUAAAUCAUAAUUGUUUUGAUCAAAGCAUGAGUUACACUGUAACCUAUUUGCCUUUUGUUAUUAUUUAUUGGUGAUUUUGUAGUUUUGUCUGAGUGUUAGUUUGUUUGGUUGAAUAUAAAUACAGGCUGAAAGUGAGCUGAAUUAAAUGAGCUCCUUAUCAGAGAAGGAUUAUUUUUAAAGAAUGUUCUUAAUAUGAUUGAAUGUACAAAAUAAUGUGUGUUUUUUGUCUGAUUUAAUUUGUUAUUUGAAUAUUUUGUUGUUUUAUAGUAACAUUUGUGCAACAAUUGAUUUGUGAACAUUUGCACAUUUAUAGUUUUAAUUUAAGUUUUCUUUUUUUUAUUCUUUUUCUAUUUGUUGAUGAUGCUACUGUACCCUAGACUUGAUUUUCUCACAGAUUUAUUUAAUAUGAUUAUUGUUGUUUUUCAUAUUUACACAACCAGUGAACACUGUACCACUGACCCUGCUUAAAAAUAUAAAAUGCUACACUUUUGUAUGCAGUGUCGUCACGUGUUCAGCUAUUGAUGGGAGUUUUCACACCUGUAGUUGGUUUGAGUUUUUGAAUUUGGUGAGUGAUUGUAAUGAUAUAUUAGAGAGUUUAUUAGAGUAAAUCUGUUCUGUAACUGAAAUGAGCCUCUAGUUUAGACUCUGUUGGAUCCUCUAUUCUGGAUAUAAGAUGAGAGAGAUUGAGAUGGUUGGGCUUGGAGGAGGUUCUACAGGUUCUGAUUGGAUCCUGCAGCACAUUUACGCACAGAUGUUGCUGCUACAGCUGGGCCUGUAGAUCCUGUAGCUCCUCUACACUCGUAUAGGUUGAAGCUGAAGCUGCAGCGUCCCAGCUACUCUAAAAUCAAUGCCGGAUUGGUAAUAAAUCUGGUAUACAUCUGAAAAAUGUGAUGCCUUCUCAGAAUUGCACCUAAAUUCGUCGCUUUAGACACAGUUAAGAUACAGUUGAAGCCUGUAGUUGUCCUGGUUCCCCGUUCAUGACACUUCACUUCUGCAAACGAAUGGGAAAUGUUUUGUCCCCUAAACAUUUCUUAAAUGUAUUAUUUAUUUAUUUUUUAAUUUAUUUUAGAUUUUCUUCUGUUUUUUUUCCCAAUUUCGGAGGGAAACGCAGCGACUCGGUUCUGAUACAUCAGCUCACAGACGCAGCCUUGUGCUGAUCCACAUCACCCUAGGAGUGAUGAGGGGAAAGAGAGAGCACAAUCUACUGUACCCACCCAGAGAGAGCAAGGCCAGUUGUACUGAUGGCAAGCUGCAUGACCGGGAUUCGAACCAGGAAUCUCCCGAUCAUAGUGGCAGCAUUUUAGACUGCCCAUAAAUGUUUCUAUCUAUCUCACAUGAUCAAAUCUUUUUCCGAAUCAAUUUAAUUUAUUUAUUUGAUUUAAUCUCCCAGAAGCCCCACCUUUUAUCUUUGAUGGCAUCAUAGAGGCAUAUCCAGCAGUCAAGGAACUCUCACUGGGAGGUGCACUUCCUACCCAAAAGUAGCCCCCAAGACUCUUUUUAUAGGGCAGUAGAAGAAGCACUUUUACGCCUGUAAUCGUUUACAUAUCUGCCUUUGACAGAAGUUUUGCAGCCGUCCGAACAAAUUGCUUCAAGAAGGAAAAUGAAACAGGUUCCAAAUUAACUGAAUUCAAAAAGGGGGUGCAGGUGUGAAAACGCCCUAAAAGCAUAUGAUGCAUUUUUGGUCACAGCUAGUCGACUAAUCCUGCCUGAUUCCUUGCCUUCCUUAUUGCACAGUGACAGCUUUUUUUGUAUAAAGUGUGUGUGUGCCUAAUUAAGAGCAGAUGCACAUUAAAAAUGUUUAUAAUAAGGUGUAAUGGUAAUUUGCUUGUAAUUAUUCUUCUGUUCAGACAGUUCCAGUACUUCUUUGCGUUCACAGUUACUGCUCUACUGAACUAUUUAUCAACGCCUUGUGUCCGCUAGUCUGUACACUACAGAAAUCUCCGCUCUUCACAACACCACAAAUAAAGUUUUUUGCUGAACUGAAGAAAA